GGCGGGCCGCGGGCGCUGCGGCUCCAGCCCGCAGUCCGAGCGGCUAGAGCGCUCGGAAACCCUACGCGAAGCCAAGAGGAGCGAGCCCGAGCCCCAGUCUCCUUCCCCUCCCCUCCCCUCGCCUCGCCUCGCCGCUUUCUCCCGCAGCCGGACCGGAACUAUGUGAUCCCGGAAGUUCCGGUGCCAUUGCUGUGUGGGAUAAACAGUAAUGGCGGAGGCUGCAGCUCCCGGAACAACAGCCACAACAUCAGGAGCAGGAGCGGCAGCGGCGGCGGUGGCAGCGGCCUCCCCCACCCCUAUCCCCACAGUCACCUCCCCGUCCUCGGGGGCGGGGGGAGGGGGAGGCGGCAGCGACGGCAGCGGCGGCGGCUGGACUAAACAGGUCACCUGCAGGUAUUUCAUGCACGGCGUUUGUAAGGAAGGAGAUAACUGCCGCUACUCGCAUGACCUCUCUGACAGUCCUUACGGUGUAGUGUGCAAGUAUUUUCAGCGAGGAUACUGCAUUUACGGAGACCGCUGCAGAUAUGAACAUAGCAAGCCUUUGAAACAGGACGAAGUGACUGCAGAUCUAACUGCGAAAUCAUCCCUUGCUGCUUCCUCAAGUCUCGCAUCAGGCAUUGGACCAGUUGUUGAAAUGAAUACGGGCGAAGCCGAGUCAAGAAAUUCAAACUUUGCAACUGUAGGAGCAGGUUCAGAAGACUGGGUGAAUGCCAUUGAGUUUGUUCCUGGGCAGCCCUACUGUGGCCGUACUGCCCCUUCCUGCACUGAAGCAUCCCCGCAGGGCUCAGUGACCAAGGAGGAAUUGGAGAAAGAGCAAACGGGAGCAGAAACCAAGCAGCAGCUUUGUCCCUAUGCUACGGUCGGAGAAUGCCGGUACGGGGAGAACUGUGUGUAUCUCCACGGCGACUCCUGCGACAUGUGUGGGCUGCAGGUCCUCCAUCCGACGGAUGCUGCCCAGAGAUCGCAGCAUAUAAAAUCUUGCAUUGAGGCCCAUGAGAAGGACAUGGAGCUCUCAUUUGCUGUCCAGCGCAGUAAGGAUUUGGUGUGUGGCAUCUGCAUGGAGGUGGUCUAUGAAAAAGCCAACCCCAGUGAGCGCCGCUUUGGGAUUCUCUCCAACUGCAACCACACUUACUGUCUCAAGUGUAUUCGCAAGUGGAGGAGUGCUAAGCAAUUUGAGAGCAAGAUCAUAAAGUCCUGCCCAGAAUGCCGGAUCACAUCUAACUUUGUCAUUCCAAGUGAGUACUGGGUGGAGGAGAAAGAAGAGAAGCAGAAACUCAUUCAGAAAUACAAGGAAGCAAUGAGCAACAAGGCGUGCAGGUAUUUUGAUGAAGGACGUGGGAGCUGCCCAUUUGGAGGGAACUGUUUUUACAAGCAUGCGUACCCUGAUGGCCGUAGAGAGGAGCCACAGAGACAGAAAGUGGGAACAUCAAGCAGAUACCGGGCCCAAUGAAGGAACCACUUCUGGGAGCUCAUUGAGGAAAGAGAGAACAGCAACCCCUUUGACAACGAAGAAGAGGAGGUUGUCACCUUUGAGCUGGGCGAGAUGUUGCUUAUGCUUUUGGCUGCAGGUGGGGACGACGACCUGACAGACUCUGAAGACGAGUGGGACUUGUUUCAUGAUGAGCUGGAAGAUUUUUAUGACUUGGAUCUAUAGCAGCUUGACGUGGCGGGUGAACUGGUCUGCUGAGCCUCAGACAGUAGCUGUGCCCUCUGGCGUGGCGGUGCCCGAGCUUCUCUCCUAGGCAGGCCUAUCAACUCCAGGUGCUGUCGUGAUCCUCCUUACCCAGGGCCUGUCUCGAUCCCUCACCUUGCCCCAAGGAGUGUGUUGUUUUCUGUUAAAAAAGUUACAAAAAUAAACCUUAAAGCUAGUUUUUUUGUAACAUGAAUUUAACUGUCAGACAGUUAGCAUAGGUAUGUUGCGUCCUCUGUUUUCCACCAGAUUGUGACACCGGUCUAGGGUAGUGUUGAUGGACUCUCCACACAUAGAGGAUCCCAGGUUCAAGAACAGUAUUUGCCCUGCUUUGGGGUACCAGAAUAGACGGGAUGGGUGACGGAUCUGCACUGUGGCACGUAGCCUGCCACAGACUUAACGAGGUGGAUACCCAAGGUUUCUGGUGAAAUCUGCACAUCGGUGUUUUUAAAUCUGUUCCCUACCCCAUAACUCCCACUGUGCACCUGUUCUGUGGUUUUGGCCUCUCGUUGAAUUGCGCACAAGUCCUCCUACUGGGUAACCAGAACCAGGUGCGAAUGUGUUGAGAUUUUUACUGUGUUGAGCACGACAGGGAAGUUGAGAAGGAACACGUACAACAGAUGCAGUGGCCUGCGUGAACGGCCGAGCUGGAAGCGGACUCCCGGGGGCUGAUGGACUUGGUGUGUGUGAGACUGUGUGAAAAUCUUCUCACCCCUGCAUAGAUGCUGUGUUCUUAGCCUUAGUGGAAAAACUUUGGUUUAGUGGUUUCAGCCUCAUAUGGCACAUAGAUGUGAAGGACAAAGCAGGAUAUCUGUAGCUGUCGGUAGAGCGGUGCUAGCUCAGUCUAUAUAAAUAGAAAUGGGCUUAGCCACAGGGGUCGCCUGUCUGCUGGUCCCAUUCAGUAACACAAACCAGGGCUCGGAUACACAGUUGUAUUUAAUAUUUUAGGGUCUCCCAGCCUCUCCAGGCCAGGCACUUUGGGACAAAUGUUUGUCCUCAUUUGAGGUUUUGUUGUCAGGUUUUUGUGUUUGUUUUUGGGGGUAUUUGCCUCAUUCCAUCCCUGAGCUUUGCAGGUAGACAGAUGUGAUUCGGAACUUAGUUGAAGGUGUUUCUUGUAGGGGGGUUAUUGGUUGGCAGGAGUAAGUCAUGCUUUUCCACUGAAGGGGGGGCGGGGGUGGUAAUCCACGAGGCGAGCUAAAGUUAAGUUGUUAGAAGAAGAUUGGAAACUUUAGCUUUGAGUUUUGUCGCUCUAGUUCCUAAAAUAACUUGGAGAUGCUCCUCAUUUGUCCCAUCUACUGCUUUGAUUCAUUCCUUGGAUCCCACCCAUUCUUUCACUCUAAGAAAAAACAAGUAAUUGUUGCAGAGGUCUCUGGAUUUUGCAGCUGCCCUUUUGUAAGAAGCACUUUUCCCAAAUAAAACAAUAAAAAAAACA